GCGAUGAGAGGGUGAGGUGGAAAGAGAAAGGGCAAAAGCGUCAAUUUACACGAUCGGUUAAUCACACUGUGGAUAGAGUAAAAGAAGCUGAAGGGUGUUAAAAAAAAUCUUCUUUCUUCUUCUUCUUCGAUUUGUUGCCGUGAAAAAGCGUCAGUGUUUCGCUUUUGCUAGAGAAGGAGAUUGUUAUGGAGAGAAACACGCCGGUGAGAAAGCCGCACUCGUCAACCGCAGAUCUGCUUACUUGGUCGGAGGCUCCACCGCCGGAAACUCCUUCCUCCGCUUCUCGCUCUGCCGUUCGUUCCCACCAGCCAUCGGAUGGAAUUAGCAAAGUGGUGUUUGGAGGUCAAGUGACGGAUGAAGAAGUUGAGAGCUUGAACAGAAGGAAGCCUUGUUCAGAACAUAAAAUGAAGGAGAUAACUGGAAGUGGGAUCUUUUCUCGUCACGAAGGAGAUGGUGCAUCAGAGCCAGUACCGGUUUAUCAGCAAGCACUUAGUGGUAUAAGCCAUAUAUCAUUCGGUGAAGCAGAGGAGUUAUCUCCUAAAAAGCCCAUUUCUUUACCUGAGAUUUAUGACAAGAAGUUCGCAGAGCUUUCAGGGAACGACAUAUUCAAGGGAGAUGCCACGUCAUCCUCUGUUGAGAAGCAUCUGAGCCAAGCGAAGCUGAAGGAGAUUGGAGGAAACAACAUAUUCGCAGAUGGGAAGGUAGAGUCCAGAGACUACCUAGGCGGUGUCCGUAAACCGCCAGGUGGCGAGACAAGCAUCGCCCUCGUCUAA